AUGCUCCAGCAGAAAGGCGGCGCCGACCACGACCUGUGCCAGCACCAGGGCUGGACACCACCGAGCUGCACCGGGCACUGCCCCGAGCCCCCCGAAACCUGCCCCGAUCCCCCCGAAAUCUGCCCCGACCCCGGCAGCCUCAGCCACGACACCGAGGGCUCCACCCAGAGCUGCCACCCCGGCCAUCUGUGCCCACCCCGGCCCUCCUGCUGCCCGGCCCCGCAGAGCUGCAAGCCCCGGCGGCGGGUGGAGGUGAGCCCGGUGCCCCCCGUGUGCCCCCCGCCCGUCAGGAUCCACCGGCGGCCGCUGCAGCAGCACCGCCCGUGCCCGCCGUGCCCGGAGCCCGACCCGGGCAAGCCCCGCAGGCGAGUGGAGCAACGUCCCGAGGAGGAUGAGGAACCCCCGGUGGUCCUGCAGCCCCCGCAGCGCCGCUGCCCCUGCAUCCAGCGAUGCCCCCGGCCCGUGCCCUGCUGCCCGCGGCCCUCCCGGCGCUGCUGUCCCCGCAUUGUCCCCCUGCCACCACAUCCCGGCCACCAGCAGCAGAAGCAGGUCACGCUGGUGCCCCUCUGCGUGAAGAACUGA